AUGGUUGCAGUUAAUAGUACUUCUCAUAGUAAUGCUAAAGGGCAGUUGAUAUCAAGACUCUGUUCUGCCAUUUAAAAUACAAACAAAGGAAAACUUCAUUCACUGGAUAUAUGCAGUCAUGUCAUGUCCUUGUGUUAGGCUGGAAUGGCUCACCGUUAUCAGGGCAUGGAAUUACAGCUACAAACUCUUUGUUUUCUAGGCAAGCCAGCAAGACAAUACUUUCAAAACAGCUGAUGCAGUAGUUCUGGUCACUAUUGAUGAUGUGAAUGACAAUUAUCCAGUGCUGUCACAACCAAGUUACAACAUCUCAAUUCCAGAAAAUUUCCCCAAUGGGAUGGAAGUUCUUCAAGUAACAGCUACUGACAAAGAUGAGGGAGGCUUCCAGGGAACGUUCAUUCUCACUCCAGCUGAUAGUCCCUUCCAGUUAAGCCAAGAUGGCAUCCUAACUGUGAGGAACUCCACAUUGUUGGAUAGGGAGAGAAUAUCAUCCAUUCACCUGCAGGUCACCGCUCGAGAUCAUUUGUCACCUUAUGGUGAGGGGCACUCUGCAAUCAACAUCCUGUUGCUAGAUGAAAAUGACAACAGCCCAACCUUUAGUGGCACACCAUAUAAACAAGAUAUUUUCAACAACAUGACUGCAGGAAUGUCCAUUCUUCAGGUUGCUGCUGAUGAUCCGGAUGAGGGUAUAAAUGGAGAGAUAAGCUUUAUCUUAGCUGGUGGCAAUGAAGAUGGAUACUUUGAAUUGGAUACAUCCACAGGACAAAUCAGUUUAAAAACAGUAAUCCCAUUAGGAGUCAACCAGCUUAAGAACUUUGUCUUGUGGAUAACAGCUAUUGAUGGUGGGAUGAUUCCAAGAAGUUCAUCAGUGCCAGUACAAAUCUUUGCAGUUGGAGAUUCCAGACCACAGUUUGUUCAGAAGGCUUACAACGUGUCUGUGGAAGAAGAGCUAGCCAGUCCUGUCGAAGUAGCAAGAGUGGAGUAUGAGUCUGUAAAUCCCCAUAUACCAGUUAGCUUUCAAGUACUAACGGAAUCUGCUACGUUUGACAUCAAUGCCAGUGGAAUCAUUUGGACAAAAACCAAGCUGGACUAUGAAUCCCAGAAUAAUUACAUACUAAAUAUUUCCCUGUCAGAUGGAAACACUGUUGACUAUGCUACAGUGUUUGUCAGAGUCACAGAUGUCAAUGAUAACAGUCCUGUGUUUGGUAUAAAGAGCACUACCAUUUCCAUUCCGGAGAACACUCCACCUGGAACCAAUAUUACCAGUGUGUCAGCUACGGAUGUGGAUGAGGGCUUUAAUGGAUUAGUGAUUUAUGCCCUGAAAGGUGGAGAAGGAAAAAUGGAUAUUGAUACUUCAGGAUUAAUUGUGCUGGAAAAGGAACUGGACAGAGAAAAACAAGGCUUCUAUAACUUAACAGUGAUUGCCAGUGACCAAGGCCAACCCCCGCUCUCUACAGCUCUCAAUUUGACAGUCGUCGUUGAUGAUGUGAAUGACAACCCUCCAGUCUUCUCAUCAAGUAGAUAUGAAAUGAGUGUCCCUGAAGAUGAAGUGCUUGGAAAGGCAUUGCUAACAGUAUCUGCUACUGACUUGGAUGCUGGGGCCAAUGCUCUUGUAAAGUACAGCAUCAUUAGCCAGCAACCUCCAACCUCGUCACCAAUGUUUGUUGUCAACUCAAGCACAGGCCAGCUCACCCUGAGCCAGCAGCUGGACUAUGAAACCAUAAAGCAAUUUGAAGUGGAAGUGGAGGCAUCAGAUGCAGGGCAGCUGAGUCUCAGCGCUACCACACUUGUUGUUGUGCACGUACUAGAUGUCAAUGAUAACCCACCAGAGUUUGAUCAGGCAGCUUAUGAUGUAUUUGUGUUAGAAAACCUGCAAAGGGGUAGUCCUAUCUACACAUUCAGUGUAACUGACAAGGACGAGGCUGGCUUUUCCCAGGGACACUUUGUUCAUAACAGUACUUUGUUUACUGUGGAUAUCCCUGGGAUCCUUUCACUGGUUGACACAGAACUGGACAGGGAGACUACACCUGGCUUCACUUUACAAGUAUGGGCAGUUGAUGCUGCAACGAAUGGGCUUAGUUCAAGCGCCUUGUUCCACAUCACUGUUCUGGAUGUGAAUGAUAAUAACCCAGAGUUUCAGAUGCAGCCAUACAGUUUUGAGAUCCUGGAAGGAGAUUACAUGUUGGGUACUCCCACUGGACAAGUGACUGCUACUGAUCUGGAUGAGGGAGAGAAUGCACGAAUUACUUAUCACUUGUCAGCUGAGGAUGGGGACAAUCCAUAUAGCAUCCAACAGGAUGGAACCAUUUUAGUCACCGGCUAUGUAGAUCGAGAAACUAAAGACAAGUAUGAGCUGCUGUUGGUGGCAUCUGAUAAUGGAGUACCUCAAAGGCAGAAUUUCACCUACGUCAGCAUUCAAGUAUUAGAUGUGAAUGAUAACCCUCCUCAGUUUACCAGAGCUCAAUACUCAGCCAGUGUACGUGUAGCAACAGCAAAAGAAGGAGUGUCUGUACUCUUCGUGUCUGCUACUGACCCUGACAUUGGGAAUAAUUCCCUUAUUUCAUACAGCCUCCUGAACCAUUCUGAUGAUUUCCAUAUAAAUAACCACACUGGAGAAAUCACCGUCAGCCGUAACUUGGACCAUAUCACAGCUGACAGGGUUGUGACACUGACAGUUAUUGCUACUGACCAUGGAGUUCCUCAGCUUACAUCAAAUGCCUCUGUCACUGUCUACUUGCUGGUCAAUGACACCAGCUUCGGACUGACCUUUGAAAGCUCCAGCUAUGAGUUCAGCAUUCAAGAGAAUGAACCUGCAGGGACUGCUGUUGGCUCAGUGAAGGCUCUGACUGGCAGCAUCGCUGUCCAAGUGGUGUACUCCCUGAAAUCUCACAGCGACAAGUUCUCUGUUAGUGGCCAAGGAGACAUUGUGGCUCUGGCCAUGUUAGAUCGAGAAGAAAGGGACCUAUACAGCAUCAUUGUAGAAGCUGUUGAUUCUGUGGUGCCACCCAAUACAGCUGUUGCUUUGGUGACUGUGAGAGUUAAUGAUGUCAAUGACAACCCUCCAGUUUUCUCAACACUGAUUCAAACUAAACUAUCAGUUCCUGAGAACGCACCUAGUCUAGACUUGGGUGUAUUUUCUGCUACUGAUCUGGAUAUAGGAGUUAAUGCACUUAUAAGCUACUCUCUGCAAGAUGAUUUUGCUGGGACGUUCCAUAUUGACAGCUCUACUGGCAAGCUGACAACAAAAAACUCCUUAGACAGAGAGAUGGUGGACAGCUAUGAGCUGAAAAUAACAGCCACCGAUUCUGGCAAACCGCCCCAAUCUGCAAGCUUAGUUCUAAGCAUCACCGUGGAAGAUGAGAAUGACAACGCACCGGUGUUCCCUCAGAGGUCGUACUCUGUGACUGUGAAAGAGAACGAGCCUCCACAUGUGAUUCUGAGUGCAGCAGCCACAGAUGCAGAUAUAGGGCACAAUGCCAUUAUUCAUUAUGUUAUAAUUGGAGAGACUUCUUCAUUUCUUGUUGGAGAACUUUCUGGAAACAUUACAACUCUUCAACCGCUGGACUAUGAAAGUCACUCCGAGUAUGCAUUUCUUCUGAGAGCUUUCAAUCCUGGAGAGCCCAGCCUCCAGGACACAGUAAACAUUACAGUUACUGUGGAAGAUGUUAAUGAAGAAGGACCCGUAUUUGACAGGCCCUCAUACCACCAGAUCCUUCUAGACAAUUCUACAGCUGGCACACUGGUAGUAGAUAUCAAUGCAAGAGAUGAAAACAAGGAUUAUGACGAAGGCAUUUUCUACAGCAUUUCAGGUGGAAACUCGGAAGGCCUCUUCAGUCUUUCCAGUACCACAGGAGAACUCAGGUUAACAAGAGACUUAUCCAAACUGAGUGCUCCUGUGUAUUACUCCUUGAUAGUCACUGCUACAGAUUCAGGUCUGCCACCUCUUUCAACUUCUGUAAAGGUGUCAGUGACCAUAGCUCCCAUCAACGUGUCAUUCCCGGUGUUCUCUGAAGAAGUCUAUCAGCCUGCCCCUCUGAGUGAGAAGACGCUGCCAGAUACAUUUGUCGUACACAUCGAUGUGUUGUAUAAGGACCCUGUGAAAUACAGUAUUGUGUCUGGGGAUGAAAAGGGCUAUUUCAUUAUCGAUUCAUCCACUGGCAUUGUAAGAACAAGGAAGAAUUUGGAAGCGGAAGACUUCCCAGCCGUUUUCAAUGUGCAAGCAACAGAUUCAUCUACUGCUAGCAUAUUUAAUGAAGUUUCUGUGAAUGUGACAGUUAUCGAUGAAAAUGAUUUCCCUCCAGUUUUCCCAUCCUCUCUACUAGAAGCAAGAUUGGAAGAGAAUUUACCUGCUACUCGGAUCAUCCAGCUGGAAGCUCAGGAUAAUGAUACAGGUAGAAAUGGUUUCCUGACAUACGGCAUUCUUAGUGGAGACAGACUGAAGUUCAGGAUAGACGAAGCGACUGGAAUUCUUUAUUCCACCACCUCCUUUGAUUAUGAAGAGGAACCUACGGAGUAUCAGGUUGUGAUAUAUGCUGAAGAUGAUGGAAUCCCUGAGAAGAAGAGAGGUUACUGCACGGUUGUCAUAAAGAUCAUUGAUGUUAAUGACUGGCCACCUGUGUUUGAUCCAGUGACUGAAUUCAGUGUAAAUGAGAAUGUGCCUGUGGGAUUCAUAGUUGGGAAAAUCACAGCAACGGACAGAGACACAGGAGACAAUGCCUUUGUUGUAUAUAACCUUACAGGUGGUGCAGAAAAUGUAUUUGAAAUAGAUGAAAUAAAUGGCGACAUUAAGAUAAAGAACUCUCCAGACUAUGAAAUCAUGAAUAAAUACAACCUUACAGUGAACGCAGUCAACAAUAAAUCUGCCCCUUUCUUUCAGGCAACUACUCAUGUCAGUGUUCUGGUGAUGGAUGUGAACGAUAAUGCUCCAGUGUUUGCUCAGGAUUCCUAUUCUGCUUCUAUAAACAUGAUUAAUCCUGUAGGUGCUCAUGUCAUAACCGUGAGCGCUACCGACAAAGAUCAGGGGUUAAAUGGCCUUGUUGAGUACUACAUCCUCCCUGAUCAAAACUUCACCCCGUUCUUCCUGAUAGAAGAUAUGAGUGAGGGGAAGAUAAUUACAACUGGAAGCCUGCCUCAGUCUGGGGAGAUGCAUUUAACAGUGAUGGCAAGGGACAAAGGCUCUCCCUCUUUAAAUGCCACUGCUGUGAUUACUCUUGACGUGCUUGACAACAGCCCAUUUGUUCCUCAGUUUAACAGGAGUGAAAUCAGCGUUUCCAUUCUGGAAAACACAGGAGUGGAUUAUUUAAUUUAUGAUUUUACUGUGAUUGAAACUUCAGGAAAACAGAUUGACUACACGAUUGCAUCAGGCAAUGAAAAAGGUCAUUUUAGAUUGGAUCCAAAAAGCGGUCAGCUGAGAACAGCAGUUAAUUUGAACUAUGAGGAAGUUUCUGAGUAUGUGCUUUUAGUUGAAGCAAAUGAAAACCUCCCAUCUGCCACACAAGUCCAGUAUGCAAGCCUGUUUGCUGAAAACGUGGCACUGCUGAGAGUCUCGGUGCAGGAUGUAAAUGAAGAGCCAGUAUUUUUGAGUGAUGCCUACUCCGCUCGGAUACCCAACUCUGUGCCGUACAAGUACCCUGUUAUUACAGUGCAGGCCACAGAUCCGGAUUCAGGAGACAACGGCCGCCUGCUGUACAGCUUAGUGAACAAUCAAAGCAAUGAAUUUGACAUCGAUGAAAAUACAGGGCAGGUUUUCACCGUGUCUGUAGCAGGAAAGGCUGGAACAUUUUAUCUGGAAGUCCAAGCCACAGACCAAGGCACAAGCAGACUCACAGCCCGGACAACAGUCAAUGUAACUGUGGAUUCCAGUUCCAGUAACAACAUUGUGGUGGUGGUCCUUAGUGAGAUGAUCAAUAUUGUUGAGAGAAACAUUAUUGAAGUAAAAAGGGUCCUGGAAGAUAAACUUGCAUGGAAUGUCUACAUCAUUGAUGUUUAUUCCAAUGAGGUUGAAAGAAAAGCAAGAAGCAGCACUGAUGUAACCUAUGUAAAAAUUAUUGCCUUUGAUGAGGCAAACCAGGAGGUACCUGCAGAAGAAGUAAAAAGAAAACUUCAGGAGCAGAAGAGUAACAUUGAGACAGAACUGGAGAAAAUAUUUUCAAGGCCUGUUACCACCAGCAUAGAAGAAGCUCCUGCUGACUCAGCAAGUCCUGAACUCAUUGCAACGAUAGUGCUCAGUGUUCUGCUGGCCUGCAGCCUCAUCGGCUUCCUGGUAUAUGUAGCUUUUACCAUAAAAAGGAAGCAGGAGCAGCAGUAUUUGGUUAAGCAGCGAGCUGAAACUGCGGAGGGUAUUGAUAAUCCGUGGGCAACUGACAAAAAUGGAAGCGUGAAAAGCUUAGAGAAGCUCGAGCACGUCAAUAAUGUUGGUGUACAGAUCAAUUCCUAA